AGAAGAUGUUCCGUGAAAUUUUGGCGGAACUCGGCGCAAAGGUAACUCAUACACUUGUAAUAAGCUCACACAUUGGGAAAGUUGCAUCAAUCGGCACACUUCUACUGGAGCCGACGACACGACAACACGACAACACAACUCAACAGCUCCCACCGCUCUUAUUGAAUAUCAAGCGGACGACCAUGCCAGCUCCUCUUCCAGAUGAAGAAGCGGUUGCUGCUGCAGAUAAGGAAAUGGAAGAGAGGGCCAACAGGGCCAAGGCCCUCCUUUCAAACCGCUACCGCGGACUGAAAUCUUGCGUCGAAGAUAAGCAAACACGAAAAAUGCAACUGGAGCGAAAGAUGAUUGGAUUGCCAGAGAAAGAAAAGCAAGCACUGCGUGAACAACUGGCACUGGAGGAAAAACAAUGCAAAAAGGAGAACAGUAAGAUGCUUACCCCAACUGAUUUUGAAUCCUUAGCUGUUGUUGGAAGGGGUGCAUUUGGAGAAGUACGCCUUGUUCGUCGCAAGGGAAAGCGAGAUGACCCACGAACUGGUCAGAUCUAUGCAUUGAAGAGCAUGAAGAAGGAGAUGAUGGUAGUGAAGAACCAAGUGAACCACGUUAAAGCAGAACGAGAUGCCUUGGCCACGGCAGAUGCUAACAAUCGAUGGCUGACUGUGUUGCAUUUCAGUUUUUUUGAUGAGACUCAUUUGUACAUGGUAAUGGAGUUUCUACCAGGUGGUGACCUUAUGAGUCUUUUGAUAAGGGAAGAUACCUUUUCUGAGUCAGUGACAUUGUUCUUUAUGGCAGAGGCUGCCCAAGCAAUUGGCAGUGUUCAUGCUCUUGGAUAUAUUCAUCGCGAUCUCAAGCCUGACAACAUUCUUGUGGAUGCGCACGGACACUUGAAACUGACAGAUCUGGGGCUUUGCAAGAAGAUUGGAGAUGCAAGUCAAGAGGAUGAUCCUGAUGUCAUUUUGGCCAGGAUGCGUGAAAAUGGAGCCAUCACUGGCAGUGGUAACAGCAUGAUCCCAGAAAGAGAUGAUGCCAUGUCCAUUGAUGGAAUUGGUACUACCAGCAGCCCUAACAGGCCAAACUAUGAGUCAGGAAAAGCUCGACGAGAGAUGGCUUACUCAACCGUGGGCACCCCUGAUUACAUUGCACCUGAAGUUUUGGCAGCACAAAAUGGAGCUUCAGGCUACUCAUACACUCAAAGUGUGGAUUGGUGGAGCCUUGGUGUCAUCAUGUUUGAGUGUUUGGCGGGCUAUACACCUUUCUAUGCUGAUGACCCGGUGACCACAUGCCGAAAGAUUUUGCGUUGGCGUCAGUGUUUGGAAAUGCCAGCAGAAACCAAAGCCCAGUUGUCUCCAGAGUGCAUUGCUUUUCUUUCGUGUCUUUUGGCUGGACCUGAGUCUCGCAUUGGCUCCAGCAGAAAUGGUGAGGCAGAAAAUGGAUUCAAACAGGUAGUACAGCAUCAAUGGUUUCGGGAGUUUGAUUGGGAUGGCGUCCGUCAGAAUGAAGGUCCUCUCUUGCCUACUGGAUCAAGGGAGUUUCCAGAACUCCUUGACUAUCUCAAAACAAUUCCAAAGUCAGACCCUCGCUUCCACGCACUGGUGCAACGUGUGACUCAGAACUUUGACACAAUUGAAGACUAUGGCUCCAACUUGGACUGUCAGUCCAAGAUUCGAGUAUCGAAGCAACCACUAGAUCAUUUCUAUGAUUACAGCUACAGGCGUGUUCGCAAACCUCGUGUGCACUUGCCAGCUCACCUGGAUGGUAUUCAGGAGUAAGAGCAAUUCGAGCCUGUAGAAGUCCUGGAACAGAUGGCAGUAAUUGAAUAGAGCUCCAUCUGAAGAUAAGCAACUUGUGAGAUGUGAUCGCGUUGACACAUCGAGAUCAACCUCAACCCUAAUGAAGAUCUACCUCGUAGCGUAAUUCCCCUCUAUUUUAGUUCAUACUUUUACGUCG